UCUCUUCUUUUCUGAGGAAAAAAGAAGCUGCAUCUCCAGGUCGGUGCAAAUAAUCGGAGAUGGCGGCGGGUAGGGAAGUUCGAGAAUAUACUAACCUAAGCGACCCGAAAGACAAAAAAUGGGCUAAAGGAAAAGAUAAGAUAGACGAUGAAGACAUUACUUUUCAACGUAUGGUUGCCAAGAUGCAAGAGGUUGCUGGAGAGCGUGGAGGUUACCUUCAUGGGCGAGGGGCAUUGGACAGUGAUGAUCUACUCUAUCUCAAGGAGCAGAUGGAAGCUGAGGAGGAUGCUGAGCGCCUCCUGCGUCGUACUGAAAAACGGGCAUUUGCUGCAUUUAAGAGAGCUGCAAACUUGGCGGAUUCUACCCCUGCAUCAGUACCCUUACCACUUCGUGUUGAACCAAAACCAAAGAGCGGGAUAAGUAGGCAGCAAGAUCUGCUGAAGAAAGUUGUGGAAAUUAAGCCAAAGCGACCGAAGCUUUCUAGCCCAUCUGAUGGCAAUCAAUCAACCCCAGUUCCAAGUAAUGCUAAUAUUACAAAACGUGAGUCUGAGAGUGAAAGACUGAAAGAGAAGGGACAGCAGUCCUUGUCAGAAGCAAAUAAGAAACAGCCUUCAUCAGGGGAAUCACAAGAGGCAGAAGGAAAGAUUAAGAUGGAUAAUCCUGCUGGUGGAUUGCUCGGCUUGGCAUAUGACACUAGUUCUGAUGAUGAAGAGUGAUGGAUGAUGAAGGCUUUUAAUGGUGGAAAACUACUAAUCCUCUUUGUAGCUUCAGUACAGAGUGCUUUUUCUUCGUUUACCAUUUAAGUGUCUUGCCAUGUUACUCUGAAAA